AUGACGUCGACGGCAUCGCACGAGACCGAGAGCGCGCGAGGAGCGACGGGCUCGAUGGAUGACGACGACGAGGACGCGAUGGGCAACGACCGAGAGUUUAAGGUACGACGACGACGCGUCGACGCGGCGGAGGCGCGCGCCCUGGGAAAGCGACAGUCGUUCUGGUGCACGACGAAGUGUUUCGUGCGUGAGAUCUUACGCGCGGAUGAGCUGACGUUCGAGGAGGAAGAGGUGAGCGAGGCGGAGGCGAGCGAGCGAGCGAGCGAGUGUUACGAGCUGCGGCGAAAGGUCGGGACGACGAUAGCGCGGAGAGUGGAGGUGUGCGGAUACGUGGUCGAGAGGCGAACGAGGAAAGAUUCAAAGGUUAUCUUUACACUGGACGACGGCACGGGUUGCGUUGAGUGCGUCGUGUGGAUGCAGGACGGCGACGCGGCGACGGGUGAGCGCUCAGACUUGUUCGGAAUCGCAAGCGCGGCAGACGGCGCCGCGGCGCUGGCGAAGGAGAUACGCGUUGGAAGCCUAGCGCGGGUACAGGGUGUCGUGCGACACUGGAGAGGACAUCGGCAGAUCAAUACGAAAUCGGUGCAGAUAGAUCUCGAUCCAAACCAAGAAUGCUUGUUCUGGCUCGACGUCACCGAACAUGGUUAA